GCUCAAGCUGUCACGCGCGAGCUGAGGGCUGAGAGCCACUUGUACUGCCCCGCCUCUCGCACAUGAAGCCCUGCUGCUGCAGGCAGCUGGCCUGAUCGCGGAAUACAGCAAGCAAUAUUGCCAAGUGGGCCAGCGUAGAAUUUAGGGGUGCAAGCAGAUGCCCCGCUGGCUCCUCCCGGCGACCUUUGGUGUGAAGCUCGGUGGACCAGCCCCCGCGAAGGACCUGGAGCUAGAGAAGCAGGCAGAGAAUGCACAGGAGACAUUGGUAAUUCUAGCUCCAGUCGGUGUUCCCCAGAAGUCGGAGACGACAGCACCGCUGAAAGUGCAAGAGGAGCAACCGCUGCACGCUGGACAAGAAGCAUCCGGGGCAAAAGCAACCGCGGAGGAGGGGGAGAUCAAGGGCCAGGACCGCCUGACACGGACCGCCUGGCUGACAGAGGGUUGGCAAGCCCUCGCGGGCAUGCAUGGGAUUGACAAUUUCAUGCGGCAUUUGCCACGGGAUGAUAUCAAGAUCAUCAGGCGGGCUGCAGUGGAGCUAGCUCCGCGCUUGCAUGCGGGACCUUGAAAUGAUUUCUCUGUGUUUAAUUCGGACCUCGAAGAGUUGGGCCAUGGGCCCGAUUACGUUUCUUCGCAAGUAUCCUCGAGUGAAGUGGGCGAUGUCUGCUCGCGCCCAACACACUUUCCCGACGCAGCGCACACUUUGUCGACAUUAGAUGGCGGGAGUCUCGCCAUGCCGUCGCAGGACUUGGCGUUGCAGGCUCAUGGUGACUUGUGGGGGGAACUGGGCUUCCAGGAAUGGCAGUCUGACGCAAUGAAUGCCACCAGCAGGAAGACACUACGUGAUGGCCAAGUUGGGCAGGGCCCAAAUGUAUGCACAGCUCCUAAAUCCAAUUGGCGCGCUCGUACCCAGUAGCGCCAUCGCCAGCAAGCCACUGAAGCCGUUGUCUCCAUUGCUUCCGCUGCUUUUGCUACUACUUCACCAUCUACUUCGACAGCGCGCGCGCUCGCAUCGCAUCUUCAGGCAGAGCAGCCUGGUGCGCCGUGGGUCCCACUUCGGGACGGUGAUCUUCACUUGUACAGCCCAGAGGUCACUUGGCACUGGAACGGAAACUCGUUGUUGCACCCUUGAGUCUUGAACAUACGAGCGUCUGGGGUUUCCUCGGCUGGCUGGCAGCUCACCGGCAAUUUGAGCUACUUGCUCAGUGCAUGCCAGGGCACCCGCAUGUGACUGAUGGCCGGAGCUUGCUUGAAGCCGUCGCUGGACUCCGGGGCCAUGCUGCGCAGACCGGUGGGGCCGAUCUUACAGGCCACCCCGCAGUCGUGGGCGCUCGGGUCGAAUGUGACUGUUCUCGCUGUUCGGCAUUGGUCUUGCCUCGGUGCGUGUAGGAGUUCGGUUGCCUUUUCUCCUGCAGCACAAUCCGUUUUUCUGAGAGUAUUUUUGCUCUGCUCGGGCUGGGUAGUGAUCACUUCGGUCGAGCGCUUGACAGUGGUAGCUAGAUUCAGUUUCCUCCAUCUUCGACAUCGGCACCGCCAUCGCCCGGG